AUGAGCGACCUCCAGAAAUCUUUCGCCAAGUCGAAACUGGCAAAAGUUCCCCCCGAAGUCCCUAUGGAAGAACCAAACAUUCCCGAGGAUGCUUGGGAGUCAAGUUCCGCGACUUCAUCGGUGUCCUCGUCCGGCACCGCGGUCCCAUCACCCACUCGUCAGCUAUUUGCACGAGCUAGCCGGCAAUCAUCGCAAACCUCUCUGGCAUGGACAGACUUCUUUGAACAGGAGCUUUUCAUCCCGGAUGAAGUGGGGAACCUCCGCAUCAUCCACCACGCUUAUCUGACACCACCAGCGGAGAAAGGUCCGCUCUUUGUGAUGCAUCAUGGAGCCGGUUCAUCGGGACUUUCUUUCGCGACAUGCGCGGAUGAAAUACGCAAGAUCCUCCCAAAGGCAGGUAUCUUGUCCCUAGAUGCACGAAGCCAUGGCCGCACGGUCACGAGUCCCUUGGACACAAAUAGCACUGACAAGAGCCCAUCUACUGCUGACGCUGCUCAGUCCGAGGCCACGGUCGAGCUGGAUCUCAGCCUUGAGACUUUGAGCCGAGAUCUGGUCUACGUCAUUCAUCAGACGCAGACCCGAAUGGGAUGGCAGAGUCUUCCGGAUAUGAUCUUAGUCGGACACAGUCUUGGCGGUGCAGUCAUUACAGACGUCGCGAAGAAAGGAGAACUUGGUCCGAAGUUGUUGGCAUACGCUGUCUUGGAUGUCGCUCCGCCAUAGACGCCCUGCAA